CAACAACUGAAUACCUUCUCAACAUGCCGCCUUCUUCGAAAUGGGCCGAUGGGCCAUGGUCACUUCUUCAAACGCCUUCUGCCACAAAAGAUGUCACGCACCACUCGGCGCACCACAUCGCCAACGAAAUGGCCUCCGCUCACAACGCCAUGAUCCGAGGCCUGAACGCUAUCUACCUUCAAGCACCCAACAUCCCCACCACCUCCCCUCAAACAGUCGCUGACUUCUUGUUCUUCGUCGCCACGUGGUCGGGUUGGAUCAUGCACCACCAUGUCAUGGAGGAGACGAUGUUGUUUCCAGGUUUUGAAGAGGUGCCGGGCGUGAAGAAGGGCGUUAUGGAGGCGAAUGUGGAGCAGCAUCAUGCGUUUCUCGAGGGACUGGAGGGCCUAAACACAUAUGCAAGGACGACCAAGCCGGAGGACUAUGACGGAAAAGGAGUCCGUGCGACGCUAGAAAUCUUUGGGGACGCACUGCGCACCCAUCUCGCGGACGAAAUUGGCACGCUGUGGGCGUUGGACUGCGUAGCUUCCGAGCAUGCGAAAAAAUUGCAGGACGUGUAUGACAAGUGCGAGGCGGAGGCGAUGAAGCAGAGCAAGUUCGAGGUCCCGCCCAUGGUGAUGGGUCUUUGCGAUCGGACGUAUGAAGGAAGAGACUGGCCGACGAUGCCGGCGAUUGCAGAUUAUGUUAUUAAUUAUGUGUUUGCAUGGAGGCAUCGGGGGGCGUGGAGGUUCCUGCCUAGCGAUCAUUUUAGGAGGCCGAGGAAGUUGCCGUUCGUGGAGGAGUCGUGAAGCCAUUUCGGCCGAAAUUCAAAGUCAAUUCGGUUCUGUUUCGCUCUGUGAAGCCAUCCAGGCUUACGUGUGUCCAUCAGGUGAAGGCG